AGAUGUCAGGUGUGUAGAGAAGAGAAACAGGACAACAACUAGCACGCGAGACGAGGAUGCAUUCUCAGGGUUUACUGAGGAUGAUAUGGAGAAGCCUAAAUUUUCCUUUACGCAGUCGGCUAGUAAAGUACCAUUCCUGUUGUCUGAGCAUGGGGAGGCACCAGCUGUCCAGGUGCCGGCAACCAUCAACCAGUAUCUGCGAGACUACCAGCGGGUAGGCAUCAAGUUCCUGUACUCGCAUUACAGAGAGGGUCGAGGUGCUAUUCUCGGGGACGACAUGGGACUCGGCAAAACUGUGCAGGUGAUUGGCCUGCUGGCUGCCUUGCUGCACAAGCAGGGAAACAGGGUGGACGUCAUGAGACUGAAGCCCAAGUUCAUCAGAGAGUUGUCAGAUUCCUCGGACUUCGCUGAUAUAGACUACAAACCCUUCCUCAUCAUCGGCCCUGGCAGCGUCUUGUACAACUGGCUGGACGAACUGGACACAUGGGGAUACUUCACAGCAAGAAAGUUUCAUGGUUCAGACAAGAAGUCAUGUUUGGCAGAAGUGAAGAAAGGAAAACUGGAGGUUGUCGUGACAACGUUUGAGACGUUCAGAGACAAUAUGGAGGAGCUGAACUGUGUUGACUGGGAAGCGGUGAUAGUGGACGAGGUGCACAGAAUCAAGGGUCUUAAGGCACAGACAACUCAAGCCCUACGUUGUCUGCACACCAAGAAGCGCUAUGGUCUCACUGGAACUGCAUUACAGAACAACAUGACAGAACUCUGGUCUAUCCUGGACUGGGCCCAGCCAGAUGUGAUGGGAAGACUGUACGAGUUUGAGACAGAGUUUGUCCAGGUCAUAGAACGAGGCCAGGGAUAUGACGCAUCAAAGAGGGAGCUAGCCCUGGCCAGAAAAAAAAAAGAGGAAUUCUCUAACAAGCGGACAGGCAUGAUGAUCAGAAGAACAAAGAAGAUUAUUGCUGACCAGCUGCCAGAGAAAGACGACAACGUGGUGUUCUGUAAGUUGACGCCGCUCCAGGAAAGUGUGUACAGAGCUGUGCUGGGUCAUCCUGACAUGAGCCUCGUUAUGAGAAUGCACGACCCCUGUGACUGUGAGAGCACAAGAACAAGAAGCAAAUGCUGCUACAAGGGUGAACAGAUACUGGUGUUCUGGGAAAUCAGAAACAGAACCUUUGUGUUGAAGGUCUCCCCCGAAGGUCACAGCAUCGCAAGCAUCAUGUUCUCCUUCAUGCACCUGCUUCUGAAGACAGCCAAUCACGUGGCUCUGCUCACGCCUCACGCCAACUCCAGCCCACAGCAGCUGAAGAGAACGAGGGAGGUGUGCAAGGUUGCAUUCAAGGACCACCCCCAGUUCCUGGAGCAGACGCGGGAAGCAUCCUUCCGGACACUAUCCGAUCCUAAGUACUGUGGAAAGAUGAAGGUUCUCCAGGGUCUCCUCUCCGUGUUCUACAAGACUCACAGCAAGGUGUUGGUGUUCUCCUACUCUACCAGGCUGCUGGACAUCCUGGAACAGUACAUCAUCAGUGACGGACACGAGUAUCGCCGCAUCGACGGCACCGUCAACAACCGGCGUAGGAUGGAUAUUGUACGCGAGUUCAACAAGGACCCAAGCAUCUUUGUCUGUCUGAUAUCUACAAAAGCUGGCGGGUUAGGAUUGAACUUGACUGGGGCCAACAAGGUCGUGAUCUUUGACCCCAACUGGAAUCCAAGUCAUGACCUUCAAGCUCAAGACAGAGCAUACAGAAUUGGUCAGAGGAAGGAUGUGAAUGUGUAUCGCCUCAUCUCUGUUGGAACAAUAGAAGAAAACAUUUACCUACGUCAAAUAUACAAACAGCAACUAGGAAAUGUUGCUGUUGCAAGUGAGAAUGCGACGCGUUUCUUCCACGGUAUCCAAGGUGAUCGCUUCCACAAGGGGGAGCUGUUUGGUGUGAAGAACAUGUUCCAGAUCCGCACAGGGGACUCUUGUCUGACUAUGGAUAUUCUAGAGAGAAAGCAGAAGAUGGAGGCUGGUUUACAUGGGUUCAAGAUGUUGAAGUACGUAGCUCCACCAUCCGACACCACGGAGGAGACACUGAAGGAGGAUGGAGAUUUGUCUGACGAAAACGCUGACCAGCAGACAGAUGAUGAAGAGUCUGAAGAUGCACUCAGACAUCUGCUGGGCACGGAUGAUGACUCAGGUCUGGAUAUUGCAUCACCACGUCCCUCUCCACCAAGGAAGACUAAAGCACAAGUGUCUAGCACAAGGAGCUCAGGGCAGAGACACACUAACACUGCCUCAAGACUGAAGGAGUUGUCUGCCCCUGAUGCCUCCGUGGCUCAGUCCUUCACAUCAAUCAACUCUGUGUUUGAGAAAUGUGGUGUUAUGCAUGUCCAUGAGAACCCCAAGGUGGUCGGUGCAUCUCGAGCAGAGAACCACAUGUCUCGACAAGCCAUCCAAGAUGUGUACGAGCUGCACCAGAACUCUCAAGUACCAGCCAUGGAGGUUGACCCUUACUCAGAGUCCAGUGAGGAGGAGAUCCCUACCCCUCCCCCACUGAAGAAGGGUGGAAGCAGAGGGCGGGGCCGCGGUAGGAAGCCUGGGCCUGAUCACAAUACCCCACGGGCUGUAGAACACGGGUCUUGUAGGCUCUUGAUUGGCCAGACACCCACAGCCAUUAGAAGACAACACUUUGCCAAGAUGGCCGCCAGUGAAGCAGCAGACCAGAUGGCGCUAGCGGAGACAAUCCUUGGCGGUGAUACAGCGUCGCGCCUACAGUUGCUAAGAGAUUUCUAUACCCAGGAGCACCCUAACCUGGAGGAUGUGGUCAAUACGUCCUUGACCAUCACCAAAACUGAUGACAGUUCAGUGGUCAGCAGCAGUGUUAAGAAGCCCAACAGUCUUAAAAACGGUAAGGAGAGUAAAACUGACUCUAAAAUUCAGCCUAAGGGUCGUCCAAGGAAGUCAAAACAAGGUCUCACUUUUAUCGAGUAUGAUGACAGUGAAUCUCAGUCCAUUCCACAACCCAAACCAGGUCCAAGCCGACUUGACCACGAUGAGAGUGACCUGUCCAGCAUGGAAGUGGGCAGGACAAUAACACAGAGAGGAGUCACCACUCGGACACGUACUCCUCGUGGGAGACGAACCAAGUCUCAAGGACAGAGUCUGGCCACUAGAACGGUUGCUGCAUCCAAUUUCGACUCGCUGUUUGAAAGUGUUCCACAAAAACUUAGUAAGCAUUCAAAGGAAGAGGAACAGAAACUGGUUAAUACAGAGUUGGAAUUUUCUGAGACUGUCAUUGUUGAUGAAGUUAAAGUGCCGUUUGUAGGAGACGAAGGAUCAGAUGUAAAUGAGUUGCUGUUUCAAAUUGGUAACUGCGGUAGGGAAAGGGAGAAGAAAGCACAGUUAGCGAGAGAUGCAAAAGAAGAUGAGGAACAGUUAGGUGUUUCCGUACUUGAUGAUCUAUUCACCACUUCCACAUCACGGAGGAAGCCUGCUCCUCCCAAAGCCAAGAAGAAUGAAAAUUCCUGCGACCUGUUUUCCCCAGAAUCAUCAACUUCUGAAAAAGAUGCAGAUUUGACAUCGGACUUACUCAACGAGAGCACUUUAGCAGAUGAGAGUAUUGACUGUUUUAGUGAGCACAGGAAGUGGAAGAAAAGGAAAGCAUCGCCAGGGAAGUCACCCGGGAAAUCCCCGGGGAGAAGAGUUCAAAGACUUCUCCAAGAAAGUAGUGAUGAUUUUGAGAAGCUGCUGGAGUCAGGAAAGUUGCGGAAGAAAGAUGGGAAAUCAACAAGAAAGAAUUUACAUAGAGAUUUUGAUGAUCUAAAUGACAGCAUGGAUAGAGAGCCCCAGAAUGUUGACAGUGCCAGCCUAUUCUCAUAGCACUCUACUACAGGUACAUGAUAUGUCACCCAUCAAAAUGAGAUCUUAGUUUUCGCUGCUGCUAUCCAAAGAUCUGAGGACAUCCCAUUACAGGUAACAUUGACCGACUAAGGAAAUGACUUACAAGAAAUCGACAUUUGCCAAUCAGAAGGCAGCUAUCUCGAGCUUUACGGCACUAGUUUCAAACUGGCGACUACGCUUCGAAACAUAUUUUGACCUAUUCUCGAUUAAAAAAAUUAAAACUGAC